GAGCGGCGGCGGUGGUAGAGGAGGAGAAAAGCAACUCGGUGAAAGCCUUUUGGAAGUUCCUCCGGCCUCACACCAUCCGGGGGACCAUCCUAGGCUCGAGUGCUAUGGUCAGCCGCGCCGUGCUCGAAAAUGGGCAGGCGCCAGAUUGGUCUCUGCUGCCCACAGCAGCACUGGGCGUUUUGGCUCUGCUUUGCGGCAAUGGCUACAUUGUCGGCAUCAACCAGAUCUACGAUGUCAGCAUAGACGUCAUCAACAAGCCCUUCCUGCCUGUGGCUGCCAAGGAGCUCUCGAUCCCACAGGCCUGGGUGCUGAUCAUCCUCAUGGCCGUUUGUGGAACUGGUCUGGCCUUUCACCUCUUCGGCCCCCUCAUCGGCUCUCUCUAUGCUUUUGGCCUCUUCCUCGGCACCAUCUACAGCGUACCGCCCCUUCGUCUCAAAAAAUCGGCCGUUGCCGCGGCCCUCAUCAUUGCUACCGUGCGUGGUUUUCUCCUGAACUUCGGGGUCUACUAUGCCACGAGGGCCAUGUUGAAGGUGCCCUUCGGCUGGAGCUACCCGACCAUCUUUAUCACGUGCUUCUGUUCGGUAUACGCCCUGGUCAUAGCAGUCACGAAGGACCUACCUGACGUCCAGGGUGAUCUGGAAAACAAGAUAGACACCUUCGCCACGAGAUUCGGCGUAGGCUCUGUGGCCACUGCCGCCUCGGCGGCACUCCUGGCCAACUAUGCUGCUGCGCUGGUCUGGACGGCAAGCCCCGCCGGCCAUGCGUUUCGCCCACGCGUGCUGCUGUCGGCGCACGCAGUCCUCGCUUUGCUCUUGGUCCGUGGUCUCGUGCGCCUGAAGCAGAGCAAGUUCAGCCAAGAGGGCUUGAAGGCUUUCUACAGGCUCAUCUGGCUGCUGUUCUACUCCGAAUACUUCCUCUUUCCCUUUGUAUGA